AUGGCAGCACUGUGGAAGUGUGAGAGCGGAUGGAAGCGCCUGUGGCGGUUUGCUGGGGCCCUUGCCUCUCCUCGGCCCCGCUGCUCUCUCUGCAGCCCUCCGUGUGCGGAGCAGCCCUUGCUGUGGCUCUCUCAACAGAAAAUUUUUAAAGCUGGAGAUACUAACCAGGAUGGACAGCUUGAUUUUGAAGAAUUUAUGCAGUAUCUUAAAGAUCAUGAGAAAAAGAUGAAACUGGCAUUUAAGAGCCUGGACAAAAACAAUGAUGGAAAAAUUGAAGCAUCAGAAGUUGUACAGUCCCUCAAGAUACUGGGUAUAAGCAUUUCAGAAAAACAGGCAGAAAAGAUUCUGCAAAGUAUUGAUGCUGAUGGGACAAUGACAGUAGACUGGAAUGAGUGGAGAGAUCACUUUAUGUUUAACCCAGCUACAGACAUUGAGGAAAUAAUUCGAUAUUGGAAACAUUCCACUGUGUUGGACAUAGGAGAUAGUUUGACUGUUCCAGAUGAGUUCACAGAGGAAGAGAAAAAGACUGGACAGUGGUGGAGACAGCUGUUGGCAGGAGGCGUGGCUGGUGCUGUCUCUCGAACAGGUACAGCACCGUUAGAUCGCCUUAAAGUGAUGAUGCAGGUUCAUGGUUCAAAAUCAAACAAAAUGAAUAUAGCCAGUGGUUUUAAGCAAAUGUUGAAAGAAGGUGGUGUCCGAUCCCUCUGGAGGGGGAAUGGUGUAAAUGUUGUGAAAAUAGCUCCUGAAACAGCUAUUAAGUUCUGGGCUUAUGAACAGUAUAAGAAGAUACUCACUAAGGAUGAUGGAAAGUUAGGCACCGUGGAAAGAUUUGUAUCUGGUUCUUUGGCUGGAGCAACAGCACAAACUUCUAUUUAUCCCAUGGAGGUUUUAAAGACCAGAUUGGCUGUGGGUAAAACAGGGCAAUAUUCGGGGAUGUUUGACUGCGCUAAGAAGAUCUUAAAAAGAGAAGGUGUAAAGGCCUUCUACAAAGGCUAUAUUCCUAAUAUUCUGGGUAUAAUUCCUUACGCUGGCAUUGACCUUGCUGUUUAUGAGCUCUUAAAGAGUACCUGGCUAGAACACUAUGCAUCAAGCUCUGCUAACCCAGGUGUUUUUGUAUUGCUGGGAUGUGGUACUGUUUCCAGCACAUGUGGGCAGUUAGCCAGUUACCCUCUUGCUCUUAUCCGAACACGCAUGCAGGCUCAAGCCUCAGUGGAAGGAGCUCCACAGCUAAACAUGGUCGGUCUCUUUCAAAGAAUUAUUGCUAAUGAGGGAAUCCGAGGACUUUAUAGGGGCAUAGCCCCUAAUUUUAUGAAAGUGCUUCCAGCUGUCAGCAUCAGCUAUGUCGUAUAUGAAAAAAUGAAGCAGAAUUUGGGAAUAGCAUGAAAUGAAGGAAAAAGGUGAAAUGCUUCCAAUGUUAUUGGAACAGAACAAAAAUUAUUUCUCAAGUAAUCUGCUCUCACAAUUAGAGACAGAUCUUUGCGGAGAGAUGCUGCAACUUCUACUUUUGCCCUGAAGUUGGAAGAAACUUUCUUAAAUUCUAGUUCACCAUUUCUAAACAGAUACCUAUAUUGCACUUUAAAAUGUCACUGAGUUUUUAAUAAAAAUCAAGAAACUAUCUUUAAAUCAACAAUAUGUUUAUAUUUUCAGGAAAUCAUGCAUAUUUUACUCAUUGGCUUUUUUUUUUUAUUUGUCUUCUCUAAAUGUGUAUUUGGCUUGGAUCAAACCAAAGAUAGGAGAAGUUUAUACUGUCUUGAUACUGAAUAUAUGAAAGUGACUUUUUGUUUUGUCAUGCUGCCUAUACUCAAGCAAUUCACAGGCAACAUUUUGCACGCCUAGAAGUAAGCACUUACUAUUGUUAUUUUUGAAGACUUAAUGUUAAGUUCAUAAAAAAAAAUAGGAUCUUAGAUACAGACAAAGAUGUAAUAACACAUUAAAAUGUAGCCCAUCACCUUUAUCUUCAGGCUAACCUUUUUUUUUUUUAACUUAAAGAAUAAGAGCCUGAGAAAUUGCUGUUCCAUGGUAUCAGAAUACCUCAAAUGGAUUUACACGGUAUUUUUGUAAUACAAUCAGUGAUUUUCAUAACUUGCUUCACUGGACCUGCUUUUCAUUGCACUUGUAAGCACUAGCACCAUUAACCAUGACAAGCUUUGGGUUACAGCUGUACGUUUUAUAGGAUGGUAAUAUACAGGAGCAGAAAAAGCUUGGUUACUAGAUCCAUGCCAUACAAGUGCAAGUUACAGCUUAAAAACGGGGUGGAGGAUCCAGUAUUAAGCUGAUAGUGAUUGUAAUACAGCCAAUAGUGGAGCUCAUCAUAGCUGCCUUGGGGAGAGAAAUGCUUCUCAUUUUGGACGCUCCAUUCUUUCUCUUACUCAGAGGGCUACAGUCCACCAUGUGCUUUUAGCCAGUAGAGGAUCGCAUCGCUAUGUAAAGGUUUUACAGGUUU